CGUCACAGCUUCGUUGUAAGAAAGCGACGGGCUUCAUUGAUUAGGGCAGAAAUUCUCCUCGUAGCAAAUCUGCGGAAGAAAAAAAAAAAAAAAACAUCCGACACGUAGUGAACAGCACGGCUCAUACGCGUCUACAGAAACUCGCACGAUACUGCACUCAGACGACGGCGAGCUGGCGCAAGUAGCAGGGUGCCCGUGGACCAUGAGGGACAGCGGGGCAAGCUUGGCUCCAAAUCGCUGGCAGGGUGAACUCUCCUUGACUGUCAGCCAUGAAGGCAGUGGUGGAGGUAUGGCAGGAGGGCACCUCUUGGGCCCUGAUUCCCCUCCUAAUGCCCAAAGUGCUAUGGACUUCAAAGUGGGCCAUAAGGAGAGGGGAUGGACUGGAGAAUACAUAGAGACUGAUGAGAUGGAUGAAGAGGAUGGAUUUGAUGAAGAAGAAGAUGAGGAGGAGUUAGAAGAGGACCAGUUGGAUGAAGGUGAGGAGAUCAGUUCUGAAUGUGCUCCAGUAGAAGAGGAGGAGGGAGUCGUGGACUGGAAUGACCCACACGAUUUUUUGCCCCAAAUGGCACAUUACUAUCAAAACUUUUCACCAUCAAAUAAGGAGCAAGACAAACCUGAAAUCAGGGAUGUCCCUGAGAGACCCCUGUGGGCUCGGCUACAUGGCCUCAGGCAGCAGAGGCUGAAGCGGUGGAGGAGGCUCCGGGCCUCGACUCGGCUGCGUUUCCGGCUUGCUCAGAGCUGGAAAACAUGGCGGCAACGGGCACAGUGGGUUGGCACACUUGGGUACAGACGGGCAAGACGGUGGCGUCAGUAUAAUCUUUAUCCAAGCAGGCAGAGGCGGGACCUGGGUACGAACAUCUCAAGAGUAACAGUGCAGACUGCAAAUGAAAGUGAGUCAGCUCCCUUUAGUGAUUUGAACGGGUAUCACGGCAUUCCCCAGUCCAGCUCAGCAGUCAGUAUUGGAAACAGUGAAAGGCAAGAUUUCCCCUUGGCUUCCAAGCAAAGAGUGGAGCUGGCCCUCACAAAAGAGCAUGUGUCCUGUGUCCAAGGCAUUUUGGAUGAGUCUCUCCAUAAAUAUGGCAGUCUGAUCCCUAUACAUACAGAUGACAUUGUGGAGCAACUACAGGAGAUUUUCAAUGAGAGCUUCUCUCAAGCUUACAGGAAAGCAGAGGUGCACCAGAUAAUCCAGUCCUACCAGAGGUCCCCAGGUACGAGCAUGGUUCGAGGGUUCAGCGUUAACUACAAGCGCCAUGUUCUCACUAUGGAUGAUCUCAGCACGCUCUAUGGACAAAACUGGCUCAAUGACCAAGUUAUGAACAUGUAUGGAGACCUUGUAAUGGAUUCAGUGCCUGAGAAGGUCCAUUUCUUCAACAGCUUCUUUUAUGAUAAGCUGCGAACUAAAGGUUAUGAAGGAGUUAAACGGUGGACAAAAAAUGUUGACAUCUUCAGCAAGGACCUUCUGUUGAUUCCUAUUCACCUGGAAGUGCAUUGGUCACUUGUGUCAGUGGACAUCAAACAACGUUUCAUCACUUACUUUGAUUCCCAGCGAACCCUUAACCGGCGGUGUCCCAAGCAUAUUUUUAAGUACCUCCAGGCAGAAGCUAUUAUAAAACAGCAGAGAGAUUUCCUCACUGGUUGGAGAGGAUUUUUCAAAAUGAAUGUAGGAAGGCAGAAUAAUGACAGUGACUGUGGGGCUUUUGUCCUUCAGUACUGUAAGUGUCUGGCAUUGGGACAGCCCUUCAGCUUCAGUCAGCAGGACAUGCCUAAACUGAGAAGAAUCAUGUACAAAGAGCUCUGUCACUGCAAACUCUCACUGUGAUACCUGUUUAAGUGUGAUGAAGCGAGAGAUGGAGGAAGAAACAGCCGGAAACCUUCACCUUUCCAAAAAGGCAAAGAGAGAGAGAGACUAUAAAACAGGAUAUCACAUUAUUGAACCCACUUUUUUUAAUAUUUUUGUUUUGUAUCAGUGCUCAUGUUUUUUUCUUGUGGUUGUCAGAGGCCAGGCUUUUUUCUAAUGGCUACCUUUUUGAGAUUUGACAUCUUGGAGACAGCAUUUUUGGACUCUUGUAAAAGGCUUCAUCAAUGAGCUAGAAGGCCUUCUUGGAUUUUUCUCACCAUCUGUAAA